AUGGUGUUAUCAGCUUCGCCAUCUUCUCUUACCAGAAGCUCCUUGGAAGAGAUGUUAGAUUCCCUUCGCCGCAAGGAUCAAGACCAAGACAGCAACAAGGACUCGCCGCCGCCUGCUUUGCCAUCCCGCCCGGCAUCCAAGGCUCGCCUCCCGCCGGCCAGGCGCUCCUUGCCCAAUAAUUUUAAGGUCUGCAACGCUGGAUUCAAUGACAAUGUGGAAUGCAAGAGGAAGGAAACAUCAACACCUACAUCAUACAAGACAAGAGAAACCAGUUUUGGGAGAAAGAGGGUCAAGAUGGAUAUUGUGGAGUCACCUUAUGUGCCUCCUAUUUCUGAAUUCCAUACUCACGCUCUUUCUUAUUUCAUUCAAAUCAAGCUUAGUGUUUGGUGUAGGCAACCAACAGGGCAAUGGGACCUAGGGUCAAUAAAUUCAACUUCCGGAGAGGAAGUAUCUGUUUCACUCUCAAAUGGAAAAGUGCUCAAUGUGCCUACAUCAGAACUUGUACCAGCCAAUCCCAAUAUUUUAGAUGGCGUGGACAACCUUAUUAAACUCGCUUAUGUGAAUGACCCAUCGGUUCUUCACAAUCUUAGGUUUAGAUAUUCUCAGGAGAUGAUUUAUACUAAAGCAGGGCCCAUUUUAAUUGCACUCAAUCCUUUCAAAGAUCUCCACAUUUAUGGAAGUGAUUAUCUUUCCAAUUAUAGGCAACAACUUGUUCAUAGUCCUCAUGUCUAUGGUAUGGUAGAUGCAGCUUAUAACCAGAUGAUGAGAGAUGAAAUAGAUCAGUCCAUUAUCAUAAGUGGUGAGAGUGGAUCUGGGAAGACAGAGACAGCUAAAAUUGCUAUACAAUACUUAGCUUCUCUUGGCGGUGGCAGUAGUGGGACAACAAAUGAUGUUCUUCAAACAAAUUGUAUACUAGAAACUUUUGGGAAUGCAAAAACAUCUGUGAAUGACAACUCAACCAGAUUUGGAAAGUUUAUGGAAAUUCAUUUCAGUGCCACGGGUAAAAUAUGUGGGGCUAAAAUUCAAACCUAUUUGUUGGAAAAGUCAAGAAUUGUUCAAGUGGCCAAUGGUGAGAGGUCGUAUCAUGUACUUUAUCAACUUUGUGCUGGAUCAUCAUCUAGUCUUAAAGAGAGACUAAAUCUUAGAGCAGCCCAUGAAUAUAAAUAUUUAAAUCAAAGUGACUGCAUCACUAUUGGUGGUAUUGACGAUGCUAAAAACUUUCAUCAGCUGAUGGAAGCAUUUGAUGCUGUUCGAAUUUGUAAAGAGGACCAAGAGUUGAUCUUUAAAGUGCUUGCUGCAAUAUUAUGGCUGGGAAAUAUAUCAUUCAAAGUCACUGACAGUGAAAAUCACAUAGAGGUUGUGGGUGAUGAAGGUCAGAUUCAUACUGUAACCAGUGCUGCCCUGCUGAUGGGUUGCACUUCCCAGGACUUAAUGGCAGCAUUAUCUACCCAUAAAAUCCAAUCUGACAAAGAUACUGUUGCCAAAAGUUUGACAUUAUUGCAGGCCAUUGAAACAAGAGAUGCAAUUGCCAAAUUUAUUUAUUCCAGCUUGUUUGAAUGGAUUGUACAACAACUUAACAGGUCACUUGAAGUGAAUGAAAAACAUACAGAGAAAUCCAUUAGUAUCCUUGAUUUUUAUGGGUUUCAGUCAUUCCAGAAGAACAACUUUGAACAGUUUUGUAUAAAUUAUGCCAAUGAAAGGCUUCAACAACAUUUUAAUCGGCAUCUGUUUAAACUUGAGCAGGAGGACUGUGAAUCAGAUGGCAUUGAUUGUACAGUAUUAGAUUUUGGGGACAAUCAAAAGUGCUUGGAUCUAUUUGAGAAGAAACCUCUCAGUCUACUCUCUUUAUUGGAUGAUGAAUCAAAUUUUGCCGAGGCUUCUGAUUUAACAUUUGUCAACAGACUUAAGAACCUCCUGGAAGCUAAUAAUUGCUUCAAAGGGGAAAGAGGCAGGGCAUUUAGUGUACGUCACUAUGCAGGGGAGGUUUUGUAUGAUACAAAUGGCUUUCUAGUAAAGAACAGAGAUUCAUUGUCUUAUAAUUCUAUUCAACUCCUUUCAUCAUGUAAUUGUGAACUGCUGAAGUUGUUCUCCAAAGGGAUUAACCAACCCGAGGAGCACGGAAACUCCACUUUCCAUAUUGGUGCACUAUACUCACAAAAGAGAGGUGUUGGAACAAAGUUCAAGGAUCAAUUGUUCAAGUUGAUGCAUCAAUUGGAGAGCACCACUCCUCACUUUAUUCGCUGCAUAAAGCCAAAUACUAACAACCUUCCUGGAAUUUAUGACAAGGAACUUGUCCUACAACAGCUCAGAUGUUGUAGAGUUCUAGAAGCUGUUAAAAUUUCAAAGGCUGGAUUUCCUACUCGAGUGAACCAUCAAGAAUUUUCCAGAAGGUACGAGUUUCUGCUUUCUGAGACUGAUAUACCUCGGGAUCCGUUGAGCGUCUCAGUUGCAGUUUUGCAAAAAUUUAAUAUCCCUUCUGAAAUGUACCAAGUUGGCUACACAAAACUAUAUCUUCGAGCAGGGCAGAUUGGUGCGCUGGAGGAUAAGAGAAAACAGUUUUUGCGGGGAGUACUUGGGAUUCAAAAAUGCUUCCGUGCUCAUCAAGCCCGCAGUUAUUUCUGUAAACUUAGGAAUGGAGUGACAACAUUACAAUCAUUUACACGUGGAGACAUUGCAAGAAGGAAACAUGGUGUUUUGAUGAAAUCUUCCAUAACAAUUUAUUCUAAAAAACUUGAGGAGAUUCAUGCAAUCAUAGUACUUCAAUCUGUGAUUCGUGGGUGGUUGGUUCGGAGGGAUUCUAGUUACAUCAAUAAAUUGAAGAAAUAUCAUGAAAAUGAAAAACCUAGACGGAACUUUUGUGUUAAGAUGCCAGAAGUUGAGGAUUUGUCCCAAGAGCUGCUUCAGAACAUGCCUUCAGCUUUAGCAGAACUACAAACUCGCGUGUACAAGGCAGAAGAAAUUGUGGAGCAAAAGGAAGAAGAAAAUACUGAAUUGAGGGAACAACUAAAAUGUUCUGAGAGAAAGAGGGUUGAAUAUGAGACAAAGAUGAAGUCAAUGGAGGAGAUGUGGCAAAAGCAAAUGGCAUCCUUGCAAUCGAGUCUUGUUGCUGCUAGAAAGAGCCUUGCUUCAGAGAAUGGCACUGUUCAACCUGUAAGACAUGAUCUUGUGUCACCUCGCUACUAUGAUUCUGAAGAUGCUUCUUCUAUGGGAUCUCGAACAACUAGUGGGAGCACACCUAUGAUGCUUUCUGGUAGUUUUUCCGUCCCUGAUGCGGGGAAGCAAGCUAAUGGUACUUUGACAACUGUAAGCAAUCUGAUGAAGGAAUUUGAGCAGCGAAGACAAACCUUCAAUGAUGAAGUUAAAGCUUUGAAUGAGAUUAAACCAGGGCAGUCUGCCAACACGAGUUCCGCUGAUGAACUUCGAAAACUGAAACAAAGAUUUGAGGGAUGGAAGAAACAAUAUAAGGUUAGAUUACGGGAGACAAAAGCAAGGCUCUCUGAAUCCGAAAAAAGUCGACGAACAUGGUGGGGGAAAUUAAGCUCAAGAGCAUAA